AUGUUGACUUUAGCGCGAGAAAGGGAUGAAACCGCGGCUCGGUGGUCGACAAGUCGUGCGAAGCGUCGGCGAGAAGUGCUCGAGCACCAUCCACGUCUGCACUGUACCUGCGUCUGCGCCAGGGACGAGAUCCGACUGGCCAACACGUUGCACCCGGCGUGGCUGCUUGUGAACGCGACAACGUGUUUAAUGAGCCACACCGCGACGGCCGUUGCUUUUGACACAGCGGAUGCGCACCGACAAAUGCGAGUGAAGCAGCGAAUGGGCUCCCAUCCGCGCCCCCUGGUCCUCCAGAGGUCCUUCUCCACGCCCUUCUCCGUGGCUUAUGUCACCCAGCCCUACCGUGAUCAUCGCAGGCCUGUGUUUGAGACACCGCAAGGUGAGGCGGGUCCACGAUUGGAUCUCCGUGUCACUUUGGCUGGGCUGUUUCGUCCUUUCCCCUUUGUGGCCACUGUCUGA